AUGGUUGUGAGGGCUUACCCAUUAGGGAUGGUACGGAUUAUGAAUAACAAUGGCAUUGGUGAAGACGAAGGAGACUCUGGCGUCGAACCAUAUGUUGGAUUAGAGUUUGAUACUGCAGAGGAAGCGCGGGACUUCUACAACUCUUAUGCUACGAGGACGGGUUUUAAGGUUAGGACGGGUCAGUUGUAUAGAUCGAGGACCGAUGGCACGGUUUCAUCAAGGAGAUUUGUUUGCUCAAAGGAAGGUUUUCAGUUAAAUUCAAGAACCGGAUGUCCUGCGUUUAUACGAGUUCAGCGAAGAGAUACAGGGAAAUGGGUUCUUGACCAGAUUCAGAAGGAGCACAACCACGAGCUUGGAGGUCAUAUGGAGGAGACUACUACUCCCCGUCCCUCAGUACAACCGAGAACACCAGCUCCUACGAAGCUAGCUAUAUCAGUUCCACAUAGACCCAAGAUGAAAGUCGUUGACGAGGUUGAUAAAGGACGGUCAUGCCCUUCUGGUGUGAUCUCUUUUAAGCGCUUCAAAGGAGCUGAAGAGAGUGAAGGGCAAACGCAGCCCAAGGCUACUGAACCGUAUGCAGGGCUGGAGUUUGGCUCAGCUAAUGACGCGUGCCAGUUUUAUCAAGCGUAUGCAGAAGUUGUGGGUUUUAGAGUUCGGAUUGGUCAGUUGUUUCGGUCUAAAGUCGAUGGAUCGAUCACAUCCAGGAGAUUUGUUUGUUCGAAAGAAGGCUUUCAGCAUCCUUCGAGAAUGGGCUGUGGAGCUUACAUGAGGAUCAAAAGACAGGAUUCCGGAGGUUGGAUAGUCGAUCGUCUCAAUAAAGAUCAUAAUCACGAGCUUGAACCGGGAAAGAAGAACGCCGGUAUGAAAAAGAUUACAGAGGAUGUGACAGGAGGGUUGGAUUCUGUGGAUCUUAUCGAACUAAAUGAUUUCAGUAAUCACAUCAAUAAAACCCGAGAAAACACCAUAGGUAAGGAAUGGUAUCCAGUGCUUCUCGAUUACUUUCAGUCAAAACAGGCAGAAGACAUGGGAUUCUUUUACGCGGUCGAGCUUGAUGGCAAUGGAAGUUGCAUGAGCAUUUUCUGGUCAGAUAGUCGGUCAAGAUUCGCCUGCAGUCAGUUUGGUGAUGCUGUAGUUUUCGAUACUUCGUAUAGAAAAGGAGACUACUCUGUUCCUUUUGCUAUGUUUAUCGGUUUUAAUCACCAUAGGCAACCCGUGCUUCUCGGGGGUGCCUUAGUUGCUGAUGAAUCUAAAGAGGCUUUCUCAUGGCUGUUUCAGACAUGGCUUCGUGCCAUGUCAGGUCGUCGUCCGAGAUCUAUUGUAGCUGAUCAAGACUUGCCUAUCCAGCAAGCUGUGGCUCAAGUCUUUCCCGGGACUCAUCACCGGUUCUCAGCAUGGCAAAUAAGGUCCAAAGAACGAGAAAAUCUCAGGUCGUUUCCGAAUGAAUUCAAGUACGAGUAUGAGAAGUGUUUAUAUCAGACACAGACAACGGUUGAGUUUGACACCAUGUGGAGUGCUCUUGUGAACAAAUACGGUCUUAGGGAUAACAUGUGGCUCAGAGAGAUAUAUGAAAAGCGCGAGAAUUGGGUACCGGCGUAUCUAAGAGCCAGCUUCUUUGGUGGAAUCCCUGUAAAUGGCACGGUCGAACCAUUUUUCGGCACUUCUCUGAAUCCUCUAACGUCUCUCGGGGAGUUCAUCUCGCGGUAUGAGCAAGGCCUCGAGCAGCGCCGUGAAGAGGAAAGAAAAGAGGAUUUCAAUUCUUAUAACUUGCAGCCGUUUCUGCAGACAAAAGAACCCGUUGAAGAGCAGUGCAGAAGGCUGUACACGCUCACCAUCUUCAGAAUUUUCCAGAGCGAGCUUGCGCAGUCUUAUAACUACCUCGGCUUAAAGACCUAUGAGGAAGGAGCCAUCAGCAGAUUUCUGGUGAGGAAAUGUGGAAAUGAGAACGAGAAGCAUGCAGUGACUUUCAGCGCAUCGAACCUGAAUGCGAGCUGCAGUUGUCAAAUGUUUGAGUACGAAGGACUUCUCUGCAGACAUAUCUUGAAAAUAUUCAACCUCUUAGACAUUCGAGAACUCCCAUCCCGGUAUAUACUACACCGCUGGACCAAGAACGCAGAGUUUGGGUUUGUACGCGAUGUAGAAUCAGGUGUGACUUCUCAAGACCUCAAGGCCUUGAUGAUCUGGAGCUUGAGGGAAGCAGCUUCAAAGUAUAUAGAGUUUGGUACAUCGUCUCUGGAGAAGUAUAAGCUUGCAUAUGAGAUUAUGCGCGAAGGCGGGAAGAAACUAUGUUGGCAGAGAUGA